ACGCGGAGGAAGGAAGAGACGCAGGCAGUCUGCGGUGACCCAAGCGGCCGCCCCUGCCUCAGGGACCCCUUCCCCGAAGCGGCACCAUGACCCAGGGAAAGCUCUCUGUGGCUAAUAAGGCCCCCGGGACCGAGGGACAGCAGCAGGUGAAUGGCGAGAAGAAGGAGGCUCCAGCAGUGCCCUCAGCCCCACCCUCCUAUGAGGAGGCCACCUUGGGGGAGGGGCUGAAGGCAGGGGCCUUCCCCCCAGCUCCUACAGCUGUGCCUCUCCACCCAAGCUGGGCCUAUGUGGACCCCAGCAGCACCUCUGGCUAUGACAACGCUUACCCCACCGGAGACCAUGAACUCUUCACUACCUUCAGCUGGGAUGACCAGAAAGUUCGCCGAGUCUUCAUCAGAAAGGUCUAUACCAUCCUGCUGAUCCAGCUGCUGGUGACUCUGGGUGUUGUGGCUCUCUUUACCUUUUGUGACCCUGUUAAGGACUAUGUCCAGGCCAACCCAGGCUGGUACUGGGCAUCCUAUGCUGUAUUCUUUGCAACCUACCUGACCCUGGCUUGCUGUUCUGGACCCAGGAGGCAUUUUCCCUGGAACCUGAUUCUCCUGACUGUCUUUACUCUGUCCAUGGCCUACCUCACCGGGAUGUUGUCCAGCUACUACAACACCACAUCUGUGCUGCUGUGCUUGGGCAUCACGGCCCUCGUCUGCCUCUCAGUCACCGUCUUCAGCUUCCAGACCAAGUUUGACUUCACCUCCUGCCAAGGUGUGCUCUUCGUGCUGCUCAUGACUCUUUUCUUCAGUGGACUCAUCCUAGCCAUCCUCCUGCCCUUCCAAUAUGUACCCUGGCUCCACGCGGUCUACGCAGCACUGGGAGCAGGCGUGUUUACAUUGUUCCUGGCAUUUGACACCCAGUUGCUGAUGGGUAACCGACGCCACUCGCUGAGCCCUGAGGAGUAUAUUUUUGGAGCCCUCAACAUUUACCUAGACAUCAUCUAUAUCUUCACCUUCUUCCUGCAGCUUUUUGGCACCAACCGGGAAUGAGAAGCCUUCCCCAGUCCCACCUUCCUCCAGAGAAUGCCCACUCCCUGGUCCUCUAACCCUCCCCUGUGCUCCUGCAAGACCAGAUAUAAAACCAGCUGCCAACCCA